UACAGGCCGGCGCUGCAAUUUCAGAAUCUGCCGUUGUAUAUGGCGGACGAAAAUUUCCACAGGAGGAACCGCAACACUAACCCCCUGUGCAAGGCACACACGAAGAGCCUGCACGGACCCAUUAAACCUCGGCAAAUUAAUAACUCAAUACGCCAUUACGCUUUACUAAAAUGUAACGAAGCGGGUCGCGGAGAGGGGGGAAAAGCGGCGGUAAUUGUUUUCUUUUAUCAUUUGGAAUUUCUCAUAACUAAUUCACAAUUUUUUGAGGAAGCAGUUUUGUGCAGUCACCUCUGGUCGGGGAGGGAGGAUUUCUGGAGCUGGAGCCUGUUUCGCAUGAGCUGCAUCGUAUUUGGAGAAGCCCAGGCUCGAAGGAGGUGGAGUCAUGAGUGCGCAAGAGGCUUCCAAUCCUGGAAAGGAGAAGGCAGAUGGGAGUGGAAGUGCAGCCACAGAUGUCUCAGCAACCAAGAAUACUAGCCCACCACCUGUCAAUGUAAAGAAAGAGCCGGGGACCUCAGAGACGAGCAAUGGGAAAGUUCGUGAUCCCAACCCUGCAGAGAUCUGUGUUGUCAUUGGAGGAAACGAUGGAGGAUCCAGUGGAGGGGGAAACCGUAGAGCUCAUACCGAGGGUAUGUUUGCUCUUGGUACUCCUCCUCCAACGAAGAGCACAGACUCAUGCAUAGGUUCAUACGUAUGUGCAGUUUGUGGAAAGAAGUACAAGUAUUAUAACUGCUUUCAGACACAUGUGAGGGCACACAGAGAAUCAGAGAGCAUGGUUGGAGAUGGUCUGCCUCAGACACCUAACAGUAGCUUCCGUUACUCUUGUGACAUCUGUGGCAAGAAAUAUAAAUACUACAGUUGCUUCCAGGAGCACCGUGACCUGCAUGCAGUUGAUGAUCCAUAUGAACAGGUAGUGUUACCUGUGGAUGGCCUUAAGGAGGAGGAGCCAGUUGAACCCUAUCAAAAAAUUGGACCAAGGGUAAAAGCACUCACCCACCUCUACAGAGACCGCGGGUUCAUCCGACGGCAGCUUGUGUCCCUUCAAAGACAGUUGGCAGUGUUUGCAGAAACUGGGAGCUAUGUUUGUGAGUUCUGUGGGAAGCAGUACAAGUAUUUCAAUCCAUACCAGGAACAUGUUGCUCUUCACACACCAAUGGGCUCAUUUGAUAUAAAGGCAUCACGGGUACAGGAAUGCGGUAGUGUGGAUAUGAGUAAAUAUGGUCACAGCCAAGCUGCUAAACUAAAAAAUACCCCAUUCAGGCGGAAACUGGAGAGUGCUAUUCAGUCUAGUCUGGUUGACACAAACAGUUCGCAGAAUUCUAGUGGAACUCCAAGCCCCCUGGUGGCCACCUCCUUCUCUACAGCACAGAAGCCCUACACUUGUGGUGCCUGUGGCAUCCAGUUCCAGUUCUACAACAACCUGCUGGAGCACAUGCAGUCGCACGCUGCUGAUAAUGAGAACCACACCAAAGGGGACUCUCCCAAAACCUCUUCCGCUUCGGGUCCCCAGGAGCAGUUGUGGAGAGGUUCCCAGGCUCAGGCCCAUCCCUCAGUUAAACUACAAAUACAGCCUCAAAGCAUCUCCCAGAGAAACCAUACCCUCAGCCAGAAUAAUGGACUACCUGAGAAAGAGCGACAGCAGGUAGCUGAGCGCUUAUUACGGGUCAUGUGCUCAGAUCUGAACAUGCUAAAUGUGCUCAACAGCAAGGACUUCCUGAAGUUGGCACAGACUCUAGUGGAUACAGGUGCUCGUCAUGGUGCUUACUCCACCCGUGACGCUCUCGGAAACAUGAGUGCCUUGGCGCUGCGCCAGCUGCCCCGCAUGUACAACCAAGUGAAAGUCAAAGUCACGUGUGCUCUGGGCUCCAACGCUUCUCUUGGCAUUGCUGUAACCUGCCACUCCCAAACAUCUGGUCCAGAUGCUUGCUAUGUUCUCACAGCCUACCAGGUGGAGGGGUCCAGACUGAAACGCUAUGUGCUCGGUGUAAGGGAAGCUGAGCUGAGGGAGGGGCCUGAACAGGUUCACCACUGGGUGCAGAAUGUGCUGUCUGAAUUUGUCAUGUCAGACAUCCGCACAGUUUAUGUCUCAGAGCCACGAGUGUGGGGAGCGGGAUUCGCAGGAUCACCACUGGGAGGUAGCAGCCGGGGGAGGAUAUGCUUGCGAUGCGCUGGGUGUUCGCUUGGUGCAGUUGUUCAGGCCGUUCUUGGGAAACGCAGCCUCCAAGCUCGAGGGCUUCACGAGUUAGCUGAACUUCUCUCAACCUGCAGGGAUAUUGCCUCCUCUACCACACUAGCUUUUCGUGAGGAACAGUGCUUCAACACAUCCACAAGCACAACAGAGGAAGUCACCCCUGCACAGUGUCCCACACCUCCUUGCUGGGAUCGUAUGGCUGAAGCACUCCUGCAGGUCCAUGCCCACUUUGAACACAUUUGUGAGGCUUACGGUCGCAGUAAAUCCACAGCUCCGCUUCUCCAGGGUCUCAACAAACAUUUGCUGAGCACACUGGCUUGUCUGCUGGCACCUCUACGCCUGGCAGCUCUGGAGCUGAGCAGCCAGAGGAGACCAACCUUACAGCAGGUCCUGCCUGUCUACCUGCGCUUGGAGAAGUUUUUUACAUCUAAAGCUGGGGAGGCUGGAACCGGCACAGCUAGCAAACUCUGCCACUAUUUCCUUGAAGCACUCAAGGAAAACUUCAAGGUUGAAAGAGCGCACCAGGUAGCCAUGAUCCUUGACCCACAGCUCAAGUUGCGUUCAGUGCCAGCCUACCAGCAUGAAGACAUCAUUUCUCGUGCGUGUGAAAUGGCUGUUGAAACCAGGGAUGGGGGUAUAACUGGUGGUGGAAGUUCAGGUGGAGAGGAUCGGGACACCGAUGGCCCACCCACCCCUAAAAUAAGCCGUAUAGAGGGAAGUGGAAGCAGCAGCACCUCGAGGGCCAUGUGCACAUUGUCUGGUAAUGAUGAGAGCCAGGGUCAAGUUAGACAAGAGAUCUUUCAAUACCUGGCUGAGCCUCUUCUCCAAGGUACACCAGAUCUCUUCCAGUACUGGAGCUCGGCUGUUUCUGAGAAGUUCCCCAGGCUUGCUCGCUUGGCACUGUGGCUGCUUGCGGUUCCUGCUGUGGGCAUACGCAGUGAGUGUGUGACUGUGUGUGAGCAGAGCCUGGCCAUGAAGAGGAGGCAGCAAGUCACUGCUGAGGAGAUGAACAAACUCAUUUUUCUUCGCUCUAACAUGGGUUAGAAGAAAAACCCAACAAACCCUAAUCAACCAAACCUUCACCUCCAACCAAUGACUGAAGACUCUUAUUUAUAUACUGUAGGUUUAGACCCACUGUAAACAUAAAUGUGUAAGAAAAUUGAGUACUUCUCAAUGCAGAUAUUUACAGAAAAACACAUUUCAAAGGUUGCAAAAACCCAUAAAACAAUACAACCUAUUCAAUAUUUUGUAUUGAGAUAGAACUGUUGUAAAGUACAGUAGACAAAGCAGGGGGGUGGAAUGGUAAAUCUCAAAAGAAAAGAUUGGUAUGCUGCCCUUGGUUUGGGAUGUACAUGUAAGCAGGAAGGGUUUAAUUCUGUCACAGCCAGUGAUCUGAAUUACCCCAGCCUCAUAAUUAAACUGCUAAAAGGCUAUGAUGCUGUUACUCUCCCUGGUUAGCAACGUUUUCAGGUAAUAUCCACAUUCGCUGCUUGAAUCUGCUGUCUACACCUCUAAAACAAAACCUAUUGGAUUAUUAUAACUGUCCAAGAGCGAUAUAGCAGCAAACUACUGUUGCCCAUGCAGUAUGGCAUACAGGUAUUAUUUUGAUUGGUGUAUGACAAAAGAAUCAAGAGGUGAAUCUUCACUGCCAUUGCACUUCUCACAGAUAAGUGCACUAGGUUUAUGAUUUACUUAAAUCACUAAUAAUUACAAUGUUCAACAUAUUUAGCAAUGGAUGACAGGGAGAUAGAGGAGAUUGAGAUAGUUGGAGAUAACUUGAUGGUUCAGUGGCCUCAAAAUGUAGCUUUGGAUGAUCUGCAUGCACUGCAUGCAUUUUUUUCCAUUUAAAAUGGUUAAAGGUAACUGGUUUUAUAUUAGAAAUUAUGUGAUGCUUUCCUUUUUGAUUACUGAUAAAUAAAAUUGCUCAAACAGCUUUAUUUUGCUACUGGAUUUGCUAGAUUAGUCUUACUACUAAACUUGCACAGAAGAGCUGAAAUGCUGAUUAUUAACAUUAAGCUUUUGAUUUUGUUGCUUCUGCUGGUGUUUUUGUUCCAUGUACAAAAAGAAAAGCAUCACAUUAGAAAAUAUUUGUGGUUAUUUUCUUGGUUUUUACUGGUUUCAUUCAGCCUUGCUAUACCUAUCAUGGCUGGAAUGCACCCACAAAAGAUUGAGUAGUAUUUUUUGGAUAACAAGCUUAUAUUUGUCUUGCGUUUUACAGUUCAGCAAAACUUUGUGUUGAUAAAACAAAAAAAAUACAAUAUUACACAAAUACAUGCACCAUUAUUAAUCAGUUCUGACCUGCUUAACUCAGUAGUUUCCAGUGCUAGAAAUUCAGGAAUGCUACAUCAGUCAGUUUUCUGAACAAAGACGCCUGCAGUCGGCUAUGAGAAGCAAAACAAUGCAUCAUUUAUUUUUUAAUUUGGACAUUUUAUCUCUGCAUUCCUAUCAGAAAAGCAGCUGUAAUGAUAUUAGCUGUCAGUCUGGUGAGCUUGAUGGCAAGACCUAAAAUUAUAAUAGCACACAUAUUUGUGUGUGUGUGUAUUUAAUUUUUAAGCUAAAAUAGAAAAAGACCUCUCCAUAGGAAAGUUAUCACUUUAAUAAUGCUUCGUAGUUCAUCGUUUUAAUAUAAAUUUUGUCUUCCUCAUGUGAGCUACAGAUUUUAAUUUUUAUGGCAAUAAGCUUUAUCACAGGAAAGAGUUGCCAACUUUAUCUGACUGUUUUCAUUACGCUCCUAAGGUUAGUUAUUAACGGUAAAUUGUUUAAUGUUUGCAAAAUCAAUGGGAUUUUCUCAGGAAUGAGCACAUCCAAGCAGGCACCGCCACUUUUUCCUCACUGUACCGACAAGAAACCAAACUGUGACCUCAGAGCUGAGGUAUGUGCUGAACCAUGGCUUUUGUGAAACCUUCCACCCCAAAAAUAGUUUGUGCCAUUUGCAACCUUUUUUUUUUAUUUUUCCUUCAGAUUUUACUAGUGCAUUCACAAAAGUCACCACAUGUAUACUCAUAAAAUCAAUUUAUUAUUUUUUUUCUAACAGGUUCUCAUCCUCAUUACAUUUACCUGCACCAAUACCUCCUAAAUGACUCGGAAGGAUAGAAAUUAUACUGUUGAAUUUGUAUUUUUGCCUUUUGGUACCAACUAGUAAAGUACUAGUUUGUUAUCUAUGUUUUUUGGGCCUUAAGUAUUUCUUUUGUGUGUUCACCUUAAACCCAACAGUCAAAGCAACAUCAUGCCUUUGUAUUGACUUUAAUGGCCUUCUUUUCAGCAUUUAUCUGUUAAGCUUUCUCUUUUCUUUUUCUCCAUUUCUGAAGAUUUACUGGAUGGCUGAUGGUUGGAAACAGUGUCCUCUGGUGUCCACAUGAUGACUUUGUUAUAACUGUGUUCUUUGACAAGUGCUUUAUUCAUGUGUUCCCUACCUUUCUAUCACCUGAGCUUUUAUGCUUUUUUAGUCAUCUGUUUUUUAGUUCAUUAAAUAGGUCGGUGAUAAGCUGAACAUUUAACACAGAAACUCCCAAUUAUCAACUUUGCUUAAAUCCCAUUUGAGGAUUGGUCAAUACAGAAAGAAAUCAGAACUGAUACUGUGAUUUUAGACUUUCAGUUGCAAUUUGGUGGAGUUUUUUAUUUAAUUUAUUUUUUUCCUGAAGUUGUUUUGGUUUAUUUCUUUUCUUAUUUCUUUUCUUUUUUUUUUUUACCUUGGCCAACUUCCACUUAUUCAGGUAUUAACUGCUGUCCCACCACAAAAUCCCAUUAUGACAUUAUUUAUAGUAAAACUGAUAUCACAAAAAAGUAUUGUUUAAAUAAUUCCUAUUAAAUUUAAGCGAAGCACGUGUGUUGUAAUCUAACAAACAUCUAUUUCUGCUUCAACGUGAAACAUGUUCAUUAUAGUCCAGCUUGCAGAGGUGCGUUGCAGGCCGAUACAAACACUGAGGCACCAUAGUCAGAAAUAAAGGCCGUAUUCUAACACUGUCACAGCUGUUUAGUACAGUAUCACACUAAUAGGCCUCAAAGCUGCUACUAAUCCUCAGCAGUAAUUAAUGUUGGGAGUUGCAGCUUCAUGUAUUUUUGAGUCUGAGGACAGAGCGGUUUUUAUUAUUACUCAAGAAAUGAAAGGGCACCUGAAUGAGCAGUAAGAGCACGACUGAAAAGCCCAAAGAAAAACAUCUGAAUAUGUUUUGAUGGAUUAAUAAGCUUUUUAUUCUACAGAAAUGCUUUUGUCAGUUUUCUUUCAACUUCUUUCUUUGUCAACUUGUUAGAGCUGCAUUAAAGGUAUAAAACACUAAAAUAAUGUUAAAGAUCAGAGGUUCAACAUUUCAAACCAUUUCACAGUUUUAUUAUCUUUUUAAUAAACUGUAGCUUUUUUUUUUUUCUUUUCACCUCCAAGCUUUGAUUUAGAGGUCUUUUUUUGUUUUUUUUUUCACCCUCAUGGCUUCUGAAAAUAUCUUAUUUGUUUAUUUUGUUUUUAAAAUAUAUAUUUUGGUAAAAAAUAAAAAAUACUAAAAUGACUGUAAAUUCUAUUUAAAUCUUUUUAAGUACCAGUCCAAUGUUUUACCUCAGUACUCAGAAGGCAGUGAUGUGAUUUAAAAGAUUGGAAAUCGAUUAUUCAUUAAAAAUUUAGGUUCCGUUUAAAGAAGUAGUCAAAAUACUGUACAUCCGUUUGGGAUUUUACCAGUGAUCCUCUGCUGAACUGAUGAAGGGAUUUUUUUCUUACUAUUUUUAAAUACGUAUUUUCAAUAGGAUAUGCUCUGGGACACAAUGCCAUUGUUGACAUAACGUCAACUUAAUUUUCUUAGAAAUAGCGUUCUUUUUGUUGAUUAAAAUGAGAAGUAUAUCUAAGAUAUGCAUGCUUUUAAUAAGAAUACUGAUAUAUAAUGUUAUAAGCCAGUGUUUCUCAUCAAAUGGAAAUAAUUCAUGUCGACUCUGAGGUGAUGUUCCUUUAAGACGUUUAUUAAGAGUCACAUAACUGAAUUUUAACCUUUCAAGGGGGGUGUAGCUAUGCUGAUCAUUGGCUGGUGUUCAUGGGUUGACUUCAUCCAUUUUCAGAGGAUGUUUUAUGUAAAUACAGGAGAACUGCUGUUUUUAAGCCACCAGGGGGCACCUUCAUGUAAGCGAUAAGUAGGGAGCACCAAUAACAUUAUACCUCUUUUUUCUACAGUAGCAUUUCAGAAGGUUUUGAUAUAAUAGAAAACUGAACUUAGAUACUGUUACUAGAAAACUGAAUUCAGCUGUAAGUUUUAUUUUGUUUCAGGAUUUUAACUUAUUCAGAUAACCCUAGAAAGCUCAUUUGUAAAGUGUGGUAUAAGAAUGCUAACAUGGAGCUCUGUUUCAACUAGUCUGUAUUGAUUCAGGUUAAAAACUCAGUGUUGCUUUCAUCCUAUUUUACAGGCAUUUCUUCCUUUUUCUAUACUCUGCUAAAAUGCAAAAAAAAUAAAUAAAUUAAAAAAAAUGUUGGAUUUUGUUCAUUUUUGUCUUUUUAUCGCAUUUUGGCAGCAGAUUCCUGUGUAGAUUCAGAUCUGAGUUGUCUAAUUAGUAAACAUAAUUUAUACUUUUGUAGCAACACUAUUUUUAUAUAAUAGCAAAGAAAAGAAUCAGUGUCUUUUUUUUCUUUCCUGUGUCAUAUGACAGCGCUGUUCAAUGUUUCUUGAAUACAUUACCCACUGUAGUAUGUUAUGUGUGAAUAAACUCCAAAUCUGUGUCAAAA